AUGACAAACACGGCUACGCAGAACGGCAGCGGCUUUGCAUCGUUCGCAGCCAUCGAGACGCCAUUCGAAACCAUCCCCUCUGCUGGCACACCCGAGUACGCCGAGCUGCUCGCACACUACAUCUCAGCCGCCUUUGCCUUCGUCCGGUCUUCUCCAGACUGGAAAAACACCAAGCAUUUCCACACAGACGUAGGCGGCAACGUGCAGUGCAAGCUGCUGCCCAGCCCCGUGCAGCAGCAGCAGCUCGCCAAGAAGGGAUGGCAUCUGCGUGAGUCUCAGCAUGGCCCGGAGUGCGGACUGGGCUACGAGGAUUUCAGACGCUAUCUCCGCUUCAAGCACUCGACGUACGAAAAGAUGUUUAUCGAGGAUAUCGUCAUCACCGAGUGCGUCGCCAAGGUCAAGGAGGACGAAGCAGAGAUCUGGCACAAUGCGUACAAGCUGCCCAUCGUCACGGCGGACCGCGACUUUGUCCAGAUGCUCCUCACCAUUGACCUACCACCGCAUGCGGAGCCGUUCUCGCAAUCACGUUCUCUGGCAUGGAUUCGCGAUCCUUCGCGUACCCUCACUCCUCCCCCGGCUUCAUCAUCCGCGCAGCCGGUGUAUCCAUCCUUUGUCGUGCUCCAGUUUCCCGUCUCGCAUCCCGACGUUCCACCGCAGUCUCCCAAGGUGCGCGCAGUCUAUGCGUCUUUCGAAGCCGUUUGCGAAGGUCCACCGCCUGCCGGGAGCGAGCACAACGUUGUCACAUGGAAGAUGGCCGUCCAGUCUGACACCAGGGGCCGAAUCCCUACCAUGAUGCAGGAGAUGGCCAUGCCCGGCGAAAUCGCCCAUGAUGUCCCCGCCUUUAUCGGCUGGGCCAAGCAAUAUAAGCUCGAGAGCCCGCCCGCUGCUGAAUGA